AUGACCACCGUCGACUAUUCAAUCCUGGACAACCUCCAAGGCUCGGCACGCUCGUUCUACCCUCAGCGCCAUUGGACGGAAACCCCGGAAGCCGCCGUCGACUACGUGAUAACGGUCGAGGACGGAGUGGAGUUGUCCAGCCGGUUUUAUGCAGUGGGAAAGGAAAACCCCACCGUGCUGUUUUUCUACGGCAACGGCGAGACCGCGGCCGGUUACGACGUGAUAGCCCCCCUCUACAACCAGAUCGGAGCCAACUUCUUCGUCGCCGAUUAUCGCGGCUACGGGGCCUCCGGAGGGUCGCCCGCCUUCAGCACCAUGCUUUCCGACGCCCGUCAGGUGUGGACUGGCUGCGCGGGACCAUGA